AUGGUGAACUUUCGGCCACCCACCGAGCCCGGAAGCACCGAAGAAGGAACUGUAGGAACACAAACGUUCAGCGCUGCAGUCUCCGCAUCCACGCAAGCUAACAUCCAAAGCGCUUCGCAAGCUGCGGGUACGCAGACAACGACGGCCGCUCAAGCGGCAGCAGCGGUUCAGACAGCUGGUGCGCCCGCAGCAACGACAGCUUCGACAGCGACGGAGCCGCUAACGCUACAAACUGCAAGCACUCAGACAGCUGAUGGCUUGACCGAGGAAAUUAAGAGGACCGCGGAGACCGAGACGCAAACGGCACCCCCGCAGGCCAGCCUAAGCACUGCCGAGACCCAGACCAACCUGGUGACCUCCAUCGACAAGGCGUGCUGAUAGAGCGGUUGCGGGCGUUGACCCUCGCUCACGAUGGAGGUGCUGGGGGGCGGGCAAGCUGCGGCGCGGGACCUGGACGCGCGCUCAGAAGCAGCUGUUCGCUACCUGGUGGGGCUAUCGACAGUAGACGAGCGCCGAGCUGCCACUGCCGUGCCAUGGCCGCAGCUGCUGGCCGCAGUGCGUGCACUAGCCGGCUGUCAGCGGUGCGGCUUUGUCCCCAGCGUGGUUGCGGCCUUCUGCCCAGAGCUAGCGGCUGCCCUCGACCCGCCGCUGUCAACCAACUCCCGCAGCGGUGGGCACAGUAGCGGCGGCGGAGGACAGGGCGUGCUUAACUCAGCCCCGGCCGCGGAGCUGUUGUUUCCAGGCCGGUCCGGCGGCAGCAGCGGGACGCCGGCGGGCCUGCUGGCGCCGGCGCAGCUCCUGGCGCUACUUGACAACAACAGCGCCGGUGGCGGGGCCGGCGGCAGUGGCUCGGACCUGGUGAGCCUACUGCAGUUCGCAUGGCGGGGCGCGGCCGGCGUGAACGGUGCCUUCGCCGCUGCCUCGGCCGCGGCCGGCGAUGUGACCGCUGCCUCGGACCAAGACGUCAGCGGCGCCGCAGCGCACGGCGGCCGCGCAGGCGGCAGCCCCCGUGCGGCCUCUGAGGCCUUCGGUGCCGGCUCCGGCAGCGGGGACAGUGACGGCGUUGGGCUGCGGCGCCUGGCUCUGAACGACCAGCUGCUGGGCAAAAGCCGGCUGCUGCGGCGCUUCCUGUCGCAGUCGCUGGAAGUGAUGGAGGCGCUGUCCGAGGACGUGGGCGAUUGCCGGCGCCACGUGGGCUACCCGGGGCCCGCCGAGCUGGCCUCCACCCUUUCCCGACUGGAACUGCAGCGGGCACACACCCUGGAGCGACUGGCAGCCUGGGGCGUGCUACGGCCCCCAAAGCCGCAGGCGGCAAUGGCAGCGGCGGCGACGCCUGCUGAUGCAGCAGCAGGUGCAGCCGCUGCUACGGUGGGGUCCCGUGGGCAGCGGCAGUCCGGGCGAGGAUGUGGGUCACGGGUGGUGCCGGCGGCUGUUGGAACAGGCGAGGUGGGCGGUGCCGAUGCAGGGGAGGACGGCGAGGACGUUGCUGGCGACGAGGUGGAGCAGGAUACGGACCUGGAGCUCGCGGUGGCAAUACAGCUGAGCCUGCAGGAGGCCAGCGCGGCGGCUGCGGUGGUGGUGGAGGCUACACCUGCAAACGGCGACGUGUUAGAACCGAGGGUAGCAGAUGCACAGCGCACGCCGGGUCGGGGCACGCUUGGGGCGCAAGGGCGCGCGCCCCGGACGCCGACGUCGGGCCGCACACGGCCUGCCGCCGCGGCUGCAACGCCGUCAGUGGCAGGGACCGCGGGUCUGGGAGCAGGCCGGGAGGCGGAGGCUGGUGGCCGGUCACCUGCGCCUGCGCCACCCGCGUCGGGUGGCAGAGGAGCCACGAGCGGCAGGCCUCGGCCACUGGGCGAGAGCGUUGAGGGUCUGGCCGUGUACGGCCUCGCUGACGACGGCCAGUCCGGAGACGGCCACCCCCAUAGCCGCAGCCUCGGGCCGGACCCUCGCCGCCUGCCUUCAGCCGUGCCGGCCACCAGCCUCACCAGUGCUCAGCAUGCUGCGCGGCAUGCGGUGGCGGCGAUGGCGGAUGGCCAUCCAGCGAUGGGUGCGCCAGCGGCGACGGCCAGCGGACCGCUCAGUGUGUCGGCGGCCGCUGCGGCAGCGGCAGGGUUGGAGGAUGCGGCAGUGUUGGUGGACACGGCGGCGGUGGCGGCAUUGCCGCCGUCGCUGCGGGAGCGGGUGGAGCAGCUGGUGUGCCAGCUAAUGCAGGUGCAGCAGCGGCGCACACGGCUGCAGCACGCCUGCCAGCACAGCAUAAUAGCCGCCGGCCGCAAGCUCCUGCUGAUACUGCUGCAACAGCUCUGGGCGGAGCUCUUACAAGCCGCUGACCGCGCCGCCGGCGCCGCUGCAGCCACUGUGGUGGAAGAGGCGACCGCUGCUGCAGACUCGCGGGCGUUUGCAGCUCCAGCGGCAUCGUUGGAAGGCUUGGCAGCAGAGCUGGCAGGCGGGGUGCCGCAGCGGGCGGCCUCGGCUACCGAGCGCAGCGGGGCGCGAGCAGCUGCCGCUGCCGCUGCCGCUGCAGCCACCGGCCGGGCUCUUGGCGGCCUUGCUGGUGCCCGCAGCGCGCCUUCCCCACUGCCGCCGGCGGUCUCGCCCUCGCCGGCCGGCUCUGUGGGCGCAGCUGUAUUGUCGGUGUCGCCUGGGGUGGCGAGCACGGCGCGGCGGCAGCCCCGGUACGCCGGGCGACUGGCGGACCUGGCGGAGGGGCUGGGGGACGAAGAGACGCACCUGGAUCUGGAUUCCCUGGAUCCUGAUUCGGAGCUGAACCGGAACCUGGAUCCGGCGGGCCGGGGGCUGCUGGGCCUGCCUGCAAUCUCGGACCUGGAAUCCGUGCUUGGGGACGUGGCGCGCCUGCGCGAACGCGAGGGCCGCGCAGGCCGCCAUGGCGGCGGCGGCGCCGGCGGCGUGGGCUUUGGCGGCGCGGGCUUGAGCGGCAGGAGCUUCCCCGGCGGCAGCUAUGGCUACAACAACGACGACGACGACCGGCGGCUGCAGCUGCACACGUGGCAUGGGCGGUCGGCGGCAGAUGUCAGCGGCAGCGCUGGCGAAGAGGAGGAGGGGGAGGAUGUAGUUGGGGGCGGGUGGGAUGACGCGCUGCGUGUCAGUCCCUCUGCCCGCCUCCGCCUGUCCAGCACCAUCGGCGCCUUCGGAGGCAGCAGCAGCAGCGGCAGUGGCAGUGGCAGCGCUGGGGCGCGUGACACCCUAAGCAACCGACUGCGCCAGUCGUCAGCACCUGCGCCAGACCACGGCGCCACUACGGACCUGCUGGGCUCCGGCGGCCGGGCUGCCGCCGCCACCGCGACCACCGCCGCAUUGCUGUCCGCCGCACUGCCGUCUAUCGGCGGCCAUGACCGCGCCGGACGCAGGUCCUUGUCGGUCGCGUUCCCGUCCAGCAGCUCGGCAGCAAAUGCGGGUGCAGGAGCAGGCGUUGCCGCUGCCGCCACUGCUGCCGUCGGGGCCGACAGUUCGGCUGGUGCCCGGCCGCCGCGGGGCGCUGUGGCCCGACGGUCCAUGGCCGCGCUGUGGGAGUCCCCUGCGGGGAUGGGCCUGGCCGGCGGUAGUAGCAGCGGCUUGGGCAGCAGCAGCCGCGCUACAGCCACAGACUCGAAUACGGGAGCGGCAGCUGCGGGCGAGCUCGACCAACGCCACUCGGCACCAGCAGACCGGGAAGCACGCAUCUCGCGCAUCUUGAACAGGAGCUCAGUUGCUAGUAGCAGCUGCGGCAUGCUGGGGAUCUGCAGCGGUGCGGGUGGCGGCGGCUUGGGCGGCGCCUGCGGGACCGCGUGUGUAGCGGCCCGGGCGGAGCAGGCAGAGCAGCUGCAAGUGCUGCAGGGCCAGCUGUGGCGCUGCCAGCAGUCCCAGUCGGAGCUGCAGAGGGAGGUGGGGCGGCUGCUGGACCAGAUGGCGGGCAGCAGGAGGGCGGCGGAGCAGGCUACGGUGGCUGUUCGGCGGGAGCUGGCGCAGUGGCAGGGCGACGCCCAGGCGCUGCAGGGACUGGGUCCCGAGGUGCUGACCGAGCUGGCGGGCCGCAUGGAGGCGGCGUUGAGCCGCGUGCGCGCCGCCGCGCUGGCCGCCGCGGCGGAGCGCGCCCACCAGUGCCCGGUGUGCUGGGAGGCGCGCAAGGGGCUGGUGUUCGGGUGCGGCCAUCAGACGUGCGUGGAUUGCGGCGAGAAGCUGGCGGCGUGCCCAAUCUGCCGGGAACCGGUGGCGCUGAGGAUUCGCGUGUACGGCUGAUGGCGCUGCGUGAUAUAUGGCUGCUGGCCACCGCCGGAGGUGGGGAUGAUGACAACAAGAUGACAACAAGCGAGUCAGCAAUGGAGGUGCGGUGCGGUUGGGCGCGUGCAUGCGUGCAUUGAUGCUGGGAAGGGCCGGGGCCAGCACUGCUCAUAUAUAUGCACGCCCGCGCAUAACGCCGUCGGUCGCGCAGUGCUAUGGCUGGCUCGCCUUUUCGGGGGGCCCAAGAGGUGCAUUGGUUAUAUGCAAGGGCCGGAUUCGUGUAUGUGUGGGGCGAGGCGGGGGGCGAGGCGGGGGCGAGCGAGGUGGCAAACACGUGAGGGCGAGGGAUCAGCUUCAUUGCCUACCGUUGCCUAUGCAUAAUUUGGUUCCACGUACAUUCCAUGACAAGGACGCCUUAGCUUUCAGGCGUAAGGUGGGCUUCUGACUCCCGGGUUGCUUGCUCGGCGUUGCUAGCUUGCUGCGUGUUCGCGCAUCGCUGACACCUCAUAUACAUGCCCGCCCAUGAUCUUGGCUACAAAUGGAAUCCAUGCGAAAGCCGCGACAAUGAUGGUAAAAUAAAUUAUUGCCAUGACAACCAUAGGCUUAGCUAAGGCUGUAUGUCGCCUCCAUCCCGCCGAGGGCGAGCCAACACGCGCGCGAUCAUCGCAUUGCAUACGUUUUUGACCCGCCGCUCCUGCGGCCGCUGGUUGUAACGUGGGUGGUCAUGGCCUGAAGGGGCCUUCCUCGUGCCUGUGUAGGCGGUGUGCGAGUGUAUUGGUGGGCCACCCGCCUCGCCCGAGUGGGCGCACGAUGGCGGGCGGUUGCGGGCGGAAGGCGGGCGCCCACCGGGCUAGUUAGCCAACGAGCCUAGCUAUGCACGCCCGGCGCCCGCCACGGCGUGCAUGGGCUGGCUGGCUAACCAGGGCUAACCAGGGGCUUGCCUACAUGCUUACUGAGUUGCGUUGAGUUGUCUACAGUAUACCAAAAGACUGGCUGUGUAAGUUUUGACUGGC